GUUUUGAUUACUUCCACGUUAUUAUUGAUUGCAAAUUGCAUUUCAGUUGCAAUUAAAUCGCAAACUAGUUAUUAGUUUUCAUUAACCACUCUUUGGAUCAACCGUUUGGUGACAUAUCAGUGAAUCGACCGCAAGAUGUCCACGAGUUUUACGGUUCGCGAGCGUCAGAAGAACGCCAUGAAAGCGAUUCUGAAUCUGAAUUCAUCGAUGAAUAUGACGUCCGGUUCAUCAGAGCCCGUGUGGAAAGUGUUUGUAUACGACCGGUGCGGACAAGACAUCGUUUCGCCGCUGUUUUCGGUGAAAGAGUUGCGCGAAUCCGGGAUUACUCUUCACAUGCAACUCCACAGCGACAGGGAUCCCAUACCGGACGUGCCGGCCGUCUACUUCCUGUUGCCAACCGACGAGAACAUAAUGAGGAUCUGUCAGGACUUCCGGAACCAACUCUACGACCACUACUACUUGAACUUCAUUAGUCCCAUCAGUCGCCAGAAGUUGGAGGACUUGGCGUCGGCCGCACUCCAAGCGAACUGCGCCCACAGCGUCACCAAAGUCUACGACCAGUACCUCAACUUCAUAUCACUCGAGGACGACAUGUUUGUACUGAAACAACAGGACAAAGACCUCGUGAGCUAUUACGCCAUCAACAGGUCCGACGUGAAGGACACGGACAUGGAGGUAGUGAUUGACCACAUCGUCGACAGCCUGUUCUCGGUGUUCGUCACGUUGGGUGUCGUUCCCAUUAUACGGUCGCCCAAAGGAAAUGCGGCCGAAAUGGUGGCCGAGAAGUUGGAUAAGAAGAUCCGGGAGAACCUGAGGGACGCCCGCAAUAGUCUGUUCAACGGGGGCGACAUGUUUAGUGGGGGAAUGGCGUUGAGUUUCCAGCGCCCGCUGCUCGUGAUAUUGGACCGUAACAUGGAUAUGGCCACACCGUUGCACCACACCUGGACCUACCAGGCCUUAGCCCACGAUGUGUUAGAUCUGAAGCUCAAUCAGGUCCGCAUUGACGAGCCGGUAGACCAGAGCACCGGCGGCUCCAGACCAAAGCGGGCGCCGGUUAAGGCCUACGACCUGAACCCGUCGGACAAGUUCUGGGAGUUGAAUAAAGGCAAUCCCUUUCCACAGGUGGCCGAAGCGGUUCAGGAGGAACUGGAGGCUUAUAGGAGUUCCGAGGAUGAGGUGAAACGGCUGAAGACGGAGAUGGGUCUCGACGGCAAUGUCGCCGAUGAGGCCAUCUCUCUGUUGUCGGACAAUACGGCGAGACUGACGUCAGCCGUGAGUUCCCUCCCGGAGCUGCUCGAGAAGAAGCGUCUGAUCGAUUUGCACACAACGAUCGCCACAUCCAUCUUAGACCACAUAAAGUCUCGCAAACUCGACAUCUAUUUCGAGAUCGAGGAGAAGAUAAUGUCGAAAGCAGUGUUGGAUAAGUCGCCGCUGGAACUGAUGAUCGAUCCCAACGCCGGGCUUAAGGCGGAUAAGUUGCGGCUGUUUUUGAUACAAUACUUGUGCGCCUCGGCGUCGGCUAUGAGCGAGUCGGACGUGAGCCAAAUCACGAACGAACUGUCCGUUCAAAACUGUGAUCUCCGGCCCUAUGAGUACAUAAAGCGGUGGAAAAAGUUUAGUAAACUCUCGAACAGCCUGUCCGACAGCCAGUAUGUGUUCCAUACGGGCGGCGGCACCAAAACGGUCAGUAUGUUCUCGAAGCUCAUGUCGCAGGGCUCGCAGUUCGUGAUGGAGGGCGUUAAGAACCUGGUGCUCAAAAGGCAUACCCUUCCCAUCACGAGGAUAGUGGACGCGCUGAUGGAGAUGAAGUCGGUGCCCGAGGCCGAUGAGUACCGGUAUUUCGAUCCGAAACUGUUGAAAGCGGACAGCCAGUCAGCCAGACACCGGACCCCCUUCCAAGAGGCUAUCGUAUUUAUGGUCGGCGGAGGGAAUUAUAUUGAAUACCAGAAUCUCAUCGAUUACUGUAAAAACAAAUCAAAGUCAUCGCCAAAGCAUAUAAUCUACGGAACCACUGAUUUAAUGAAUGCCAACCAAUUCCUGAGCCAACUCUCGAAGUUAGGCGAAGAGAUUCAUUGA